UCUUGUAUUAAUAAUUAUAUAUACUAUCUUGUAUUUUGCAAUGAAAGAUGUUAUUAUGCUAACGCAAUAAUUAUGUGGUCUCAUUUUGCUUUUUUGCUUUGAUACAGAGCGAGCACGUACAAUGGCUCAAGCUAGUGCAAUGACAUAAUUAUAUAGGUGUUUGAUAUAGAGACAAUUCUCAGUUCAAUGUUCUGGUUGCCAAAGCCUAAAAUACCUCUUCCUGUAUGUUAUUUAGAUGUUAUUAUUGUGUUGUAAACUGUUUUUAAAGACAAACUGUGAAAAAUAAAAAAGUGAUGACACUGCAAAUAUGUGUGGCUCAGUUGCUGUUGUCCCUCUUGGCCUCACGUAAUCAGGCAAGCAACCUGACCAGAAACAGAACUACCUCUUGUUGUGGCCUAAGAUUUAUAACGCCAAGUAUAACAAACCUUGAUAAAUUCCCAAAGCCAUGGCCGAGAGAGUGACUACGAAAGAAGCUCUCAAGAAACUCGAUGCUCAACUCGAAUGCUCCCUUUGUCUCGACACUUUCAAGCAGCCGAAACUUUUGCCUUGUUUUCACGUGUUUUGCAAGUCCCCGUGUCUGGAGAAACUAGUGACCAAGGAUGGACGCUCCCUCACUUGUCCCACCUGUCGACACAUUGUCCCACUGUCAGAGAGGGGAGUGGCUGGACUGCAAUCAGACUUCCAUAUUGACCACUUGUUUGAGAUACAAGAUGCUUUCAACAAAGCCGAAGACGACAAUGAUAGAAACUGUGGCAGCUGUGAAGAAGGCAAAGCCACCGGAUACUGUAACGACUGUGGGGACUUUUUGUGUGACGAGUGUCAAGCUGCUCACAAGAAAGUGAAAUAUCUACGGAGUCAUAAACUAAUUUCGCUGGAUGAACUCAACGCUCAAGUGACUAGCCUCAUUCCCCCCCAAAAGGCCGUCCCCCAUUGCCCCAAACACUCGGAGAAUGCCCUCAAGAUAUACUGUGAUACUUGCUCCACUCUCAUUUGCACGGACUGCACCAUUCGUCUCCACAAAGACCACAACUACGACCUGGUGGCUGAUGUGCUGACCAAGCACAAGGAAGAACUUGUCUCAAGUCUCAAACCAGUCAAAGAGAAGCUGGACAGUGUACAACGAGCUCUGAAGGACUUUGAUACAAGAGCCAAGGCAAUCCACGAUCAGAGGGCCACAAUUGAAGCCAACAUCCACAAGGAGAUUGACGAACAACAUCGACUGUUGGACCAACGAAAGGCAGGGCUUGUGGGAGAGCUAGAGAUACUGACUCAGCAGAAGCUGAAGGAUCUGGCGGCACAGAGGGACCAAGUAGAGAUCACUCAAGUGAAACUGACCAGCUGUCUGGAGUACGCUGAGGGUGGUCUCAAAACAGGCACAGACGGUGAAGUACUCGAAAUGAAAUCUUCCGUUAUAAAGAGAAUCAAACAAAUUUCGACUGACUUCAAUCCGAAAACUAUUCAGCCAGAGACAAAGGCUGACAUAGAACUCAUCGCUAAAGGAAAAGAAUCUCUCCAACAAGCUUGUCGAGAAUUCCUUGAGAUUGAACAGCGUGGAUCAUUCAGCUUAGAAAACAGCCACACGACAGGAGAUGGUCUGAAAGGUGCUACAACUGGAGAAACAAAAACUGUAUCCUUUCAAGCAAUGACUAAGAAAAACAAAAAAUUCGAACUCAAGCUCGACCUCCAAGCUGAACUUGUGCAUGUCGUGUGCAAAAACAGAUUGAAAUGUGAAGUGGUUAAACAACAUGGCCAACACAAGAUCAACUAUCGCCCAAUGAAACGAGGAAAGCAUGAACUACACAUCACUGUCAAUGGGGACGCAGUACGAGGCAGUCCAUUCCCAAUAGCUGUAGUCCCAUCACCACAGAGCUUCAUCAAGCCUUCCCGAGUUGUACGAGGUGUGAACAGCUCACGAGGCACUGUCUUCAACAGUAAGGGAGAGUUGAUUGUUGUUGAAGGUGGUGGAGCUACUAUCUCUGUAUUGACACCAGAGGGUGAGAAGAUACGAACGUUCGGAAAGCUGAAUAAUGCAUAUGGAGUGACUGUGGACAAAGACGACAACAUCUAUGUAGUAGAGCUUAACAAUCAUCGUGUGAAUAAGUUCUCAUCCGACGGAGAGUUUGUGGCGGUUGUUGGUAGUCAAGGCAGUGGUAACCUUCAGUUUAGUUGCCCACUUGGUAUCUGUUAUAACAGAAGAGACAAUAACCUGUAUGUGGCUGAUCAGAGCAACCACAGAAUACAAGUGCUCUCUACUGAACUGAAGUUUGUACGGUGUUUCGGUACACCUGGCAAUGGGAACGGACAAUUACAAAACCCACUAUUUGCAACAUUUGAUAGUGCCAACAACCUCUAUGUGACUGAUCACUAUAACCAUCGAGUACAAGUCUUCACUGCUGAAGGUCAAUUCCUGAGAACCUUCUCACAAAAAGCCAACCGUCAGAAGUUGAGUCGUCCCUGGGCCAUAGCCAUCGACAGUAGUGACACAGUGUACGUCAGUGAGAAUGGACCGAAUCAUGUGAGUGUGUUCACAUCUCAGGGAGCCUACAUCACCACGUUUGGUGGACCAGGAACGGAAGAGGGACAGUUUAAUACCAUUUAUGGACUCUCUAUUGAUCGCAAUGACUCUGUUGUUGUAUCCGAUUGUAACAAUGGGCGACUGCAGAUAUUCUAACGAGAUCAGUAGUACAAGCAAACUAACUAAGAACUUGUGAAGUGUGUAUCUUAGUGUGUAAAUUGUUGGUAGUCUUAGGUUUUGUGCAUUUGUGGUCUAGUUGGUCCCAUGGCUAGGCUGGGAAUAUCUACACUUAACAAUAAACUCUGACCCUCCCAGCCAGCAUAUCGUGUGCUCAGCAAUUUUG